AUAUUUUUCUUUUCAGAAGUGUCUAAUCAAUAGUGUUUUAAUGAUCACUGACGUUUUAUUUUUCACUCGAAUACUCUGAAAGUCAGCACAUAAAAAAUUGUAUUUAAAAUUUUUAGUUUAAUUAAAGUGCAUUGUGACCAAGCGCGAUUAUGACCUGCUUGGAGUGCGUUUUCGCUGCUGGCUUACUCCACGUGAUCCAGUUCUUGGCGUUAGCUUCCAAAAGCUCGGAUUCUCCGGCGCCGCAGUUACCCUCUCUGAUUGUGGCUCUGGCUGCGAUGGACCUUAUAUGGGACAAUUGUUUCGUUCCCCGGGCACUUCAUAAGAUGCCGGCAGGGCUCAGGCGGAUUUACGAAGCGGCAGUGGCAUUCCUGCUCUUGGAGAUUGCCGUACAGGUGUUCUGGAAGACAGUGGAGCAGGCAUGCGUCAUGCUGAUGAGGGUCAUAAUGCUCGGAACGGGCCUCGACUCGAAGAUCAACUAUAGAAGAUACGAGAGUUAUUGGGUGGCCAGCGUUACUGUUCCGUUGUCCCUCCUGAUCCUGGCAUUCGCCGGCCACGCCACCGACCACUUCCACGUGUUCCACGACGGCUUCUUCCACGUGCAGCUGAAGGUUCAGCUGCGGUGGAAGGAGACCUUGAAGUACAUCACUCACAACCCGAGGAGGAAGCUGUCCCGCAUCGUGCCGAUUCUUGAACAGCACAAGGAUCUGGCGCGCCGCCAGCGUCGUGGAAGGACCUUCGUGUACCAUUUCUAUAGCAACACCGAACUCCCAGGGCAAUAGAUUGAUACUUCUGACGCGCAGGUACAUUCAAUUGGAUUCGUUCGUUUCUUUUAU